AUGAUUGAGUCGGAAAUCACAGAGACUAUAAAGAGGUUUCUGCAACAUAAGACAUAUGAAGAUUAUGAAAUAUUGAGUUACUAUUAUUGGGAUCAAGUACCGUGGAGUUGUGAAAAGUAUCAUCAACUAAUAGGAAACUUACUUGAUGAUGAUUUGAUUUUACAAUUGAUCAAAUCUUUAACCCCAAUUAGUCGCAGACCUACCAAGUUAAGAAUUGAUAAUGAUGAAGAAUUUGCUAAAGAGAAGAUAAGUUCGAUCUUCGUAUUGAUAACGUAUUAUGAACGUCACAGUAAUUGGAGGAUCAUAACUUCCAAUAUUCUUAAUUUAUUCAAGAAUCAUGAAUUACAAUAUAAAAUACUAGCAUGUAAGUUACUUUUGCAACUCAAUGAUAAAAUAGAUUUAGAUAAAACAGGUUUAAGACAAUUAUUUGUUGAUGAUUUAUACAGCUGUCUUACAUAUUUACCGGGAAAAUUAAUGGCACAAGAUCCUACUGAUCUCAUAGACAUUUCUUAUCAGACAUUGUUAGAGAUAGAUCAUAAUUAUACCGAAUUAGUCAAUAGAAAUUUAAUGUCUAUUGAUAAGGUGUUCAAUAGAUUUGGAGAAUCACAUGACAUAUUACAUUUAGAAUUACAAUAUUUACAAGAAAUUAUUGGAAGACUCGGGAUAAAAGUAUUAAUAACCUUCAAUAGGAUCAACUUCCUUCUCAAUCAAAUAUUAAUCAAUACCUAUACAAAUGAACUGACUAUUACAAAGAUACUUGAAAUUCAAUACCAAGUGAUUGAAAUGUUCUUGGACCAAGACCAACAAGGUAAGGAUCUUAUGUAUGAGUAUAGAUUUGAUUUCAUAGGAAGUUGGAAGAUUAUGACCAGAUUUCAUAAUAUAGAUAUAACGAGGAAUUACCAAAUACUUGAAAAACUUUCAGAUCAAAAACUUGAAAUGUCUAUUUAA